AUGGAUAGCUCACCACUCUCCAAACUCUGGGAAAUGCCCCAAGAUAUCCUGCCAAAAAUUGAAAAUAUAUUAUCGAAAAGAAAGUUUGGAUCAGAAAAAAUUGUAUUAAGUAGCUGCUCAGCCAAAAAACUAAAGAAAGUUCUAGGCGCCAAAAACCAAAAGUGUGAAAGAACAUCUUUCCGUCAAACAUUUGAAGAUUUUGUUUACCAUUUUCCACCAUUAACAAACACUUCGACCAAACCAUUAGACAAAGAAUUUAAAAUAUAUGAAGAGUUCAAUGCAUUGACUGUUGAAUCUCUAGUGCUUUAUCCAUUGCCUAAUAUUUCCCAAAUUUGCGAAAUUCCGGGAAAGGAAACAUUACUAAUAGAUGCCGAUACGAAAGCAUUUGUUCAAAAGACAUGCUAUUGGAAACAAUAUAUCCCACACAUGAAGCCAUUGGCAAGAAAUGUCUUGCAUUCGACAUCCAAUGCAAAUGAGUUUAUUAUAGAUGACUUGUUGUUCAAGGAUGACUUAGAUUCUUCUUUGCAGUUAAGAGAUUUAAAGCAUGUAUUCACAGAAUGGUCCUCUAUUACACGCUACUAUGAUAUUUUUUCUAUUGAAGAGGAGUUAUAUUUUCUUGAACAAGAUAUUUUAAAUCACAACAGUCAUGAUGCUCGAGAUUUUGCGCCCAAGAAACUUGAAACGCAUGAUAAAUUCACAUUCAGCAAGCCGAUAUUUUACUGCGACUCUGAUGACUUGAAACCUCAAUUCUACUACCUAGAACCGUUAAUGAACGUUACAAAUAUUGAAGGAAGUCUAAAUAAAGAUAUUUCUGACGUGCUAAAUGAGCUUGAAAUCUUUGAAGAAGACAUUGACGUUAGAUUAAUUGAAUUUAAAUUCUCCUUGCCUAUUAUUGAUGACAAACUUGAAGCGGUGGACAGAUCUAUAAAUGAAGCCUUCAAUAUGGAAUGGACCCUAUCAGAUUUCAUUUUGAUGGAUUUGGACUGGAAGCCUAUUAAAGACUUGGAAAAACACAUUUUUCUGGAAGAGACAAUAAAUAACUGCCAGAUCUCAUUUGAAUCCGGAAAACAUGAAGUAAAGAUAUCCAAACUCACAAGAUAUCAAUACGAGUCACUCAUUGAAAAUGAAAGAAAAAUUCUGGAGAAUAAAGAUGAGUUCAAGGAUAUUAACGUAUUAUGUAUUCAAGAAAAGUCUAAUUUUGAUGAGACAUUCAUGCCAGAUACAAAGACUAGAAACUGUACGGCUGAAUUGUUAGGACGAAAUAUGCUUACCAAGAAAUUCAACGAAGAAAUAACUAUGAAUUAUGAUAAUUCAAUGCAAACAUAUCCCUCAUCAAUUUAUAAAACGAGGGAAAAUGAGGUGCAAGAUAAACUCCCAGAUUCCAUUCCCGAAUUUUAUCAAUUGCAUGGAUACUCUAACCCCGAAGAUCUAGCUAGGAGUGAAGCGAAUUGUUCAUCAGAAGAUAAAAGGCUUGAUUUUCACUCAUUUCGUAAUAACAAGGCUCUAUAUAAGCAUAAAAACACUGACAGUGGUCAAUCACUUGAAGAAUUGGAUGAAUUGGUCGAUUACAAGAAAAGGAAACUUUCGGUAGGUGGUAGAUGUGAUGAUGGAUUGAAUAUCUUGAAUGAUAUUUUUGAUCUAUCAAGUGCUAAAAGGCAAUUUUCACAAUGUAGCAAAACUGAUGGCUUCAAUAGUACUUUACCAAGUAUAGCCUUGGAAAAAGAGCCUUGUGUCUUGAAAGAGAUCUAUAAACUAAAUAUUGGCCCGUAUUCUUUCAAUCUAUAUGAUAGCCCCUUAUUAAAUGAUGUGCAGAAUAAUCAAAAGGUUACAAAGAUCUUGAUAGUCAAUUCGAAUAAUUUUCAAAGUAAUUUCAAAGAUGUGCGUACUUUGCACCAAUUGAAUUUAUCUGAGGAACCCAAAUUGAUGAUUUAUGAAACAGAUGAUUUUGGAAUUAGUCAUGAUCUUGACUAUUUAGUCUCGGAAGAUUUAGGGAUCAUGAAAGUUUCAAGUAGCAAAAUUAAUCAGAGAGAUUCUUUCACGGGACAGAAAAUGGUCAUUAGAACUGUUGAUAAGGUACUCAAGGGGGUUAAAAGAUUGAUUUUAUUGAUCAAAUUAGAAGAUUUUUUCAUUCCUACCACACGUUUGGUUCUGGAGUCAGAUCCCUCAAUACAUUAUUAUGAAAAGAAUAUGAAAUUGUUGUCCUCUUUUUUAGAUGAAUUGGAUUCUCUUGGAGUGCUUUGGGUGCUUGUGAAUGACGAGGUUGCAAGAAUAUGUAGUUUAAUCCGCAACUUAGUUGCGUGUGAAGGCAUCCCUCUUAGGGAUAUGCUAAACAUUUAUGAAGUUACUGUUUGUAUUCAAAUGUCUAAUAAUUCCCAUUCAAUAUGA